AUGCCCGAGUUCAUCUUCAAGACGUGGGGACUCAGCAUGGACGCAACCUGUGACAAGGUGCUCCAAGCGGCGCUGAAAAAAUACCAGAUCAACGCGCCCUGGACUCAGUACGCCUUGUACCUAGUCUACGGCGACGAGGAGCGCUGUAUGGGACUGGACGAGAAGCCGUUCAUCCUGUUCCAACAGCUCGAUGAGGAAGGGCAGAAGCCCAUGUUCAUGCUCAGGAAGACAAAUAUCGCUCCCGUGGACGAGUCGGAAGACGCCCCCGAGAGCGCGAGCCAGAGCGACGACCAGCUAAGGGGUUCGGCGAGUCACACUGAAACUAACUGGAUAUGA